UCCCCUCACGGACACCCUCCCAGGCUCGACACAGAACCCAUCGAGCUCUCACGCGCAAGACAUGGAGCUCCCGGCCUAGGGUUAGCUCUGCAGCCCGCCCCCACGUCCGCCGUCCGCCGUCCGGUCGUCCAGGCUGCAGUUCUCCGUCGCCGGCGACAUCCCUGCGCCCCCGUUUUGCUGCCUCCAGGUGGAACGGCCUCCCUGCUUGCUACGUGCUGCCUAGCAUUCAGAAGGCUUGUGCUUGGUUAUUUCUGCACCACCAUUUGCCGGACUGAACAAGAUGUCUUCUCCUGAGAGUGAAAGAGACUCAAGUGACUCGGAAGAUUAUGAUUUGAGAGUCGUGGAGGCAAUAAGAGAGAACCAAAACACUAUCCAUGUUGCUGCAUCAUUUUUAUCUUGGUACUAUGCAUCUUAUAUUGACAAAAAAGAGCGUAAAACUCCAACAUAUUCUGGGUUGGCUUGGGUGAUGGAUGCUCUGAAUGAUCCAGAGGAAUGUUAUGACAUUUUCAGAAUGAUGCCACGGUUAUUCUACAAGUUGCAUGAUGAAUUGGUUAGUGAUUUUGGCUUGACUUCCUCUAUUCAUAUGUCAUCUAUAGAAUCUCUUGGCUUGUUCCUUGUGAUUUGUGCUCAUGGUUGGUCCAACACUGGUGUCAAGAAAGAUUUCAAACAUUCUCGUGAGACUAUUAGUCGCAAAUUUACGGAGGUGUUGAAUUGCAUGGUGGCAAUGUCUAAGAAGUAUAUACAACCUAAGGAUCCUAAUUUUCGAACAGUUCAUAGUAGAAUUACCAAUGAUCAAAGAAUGUGGCCUCACUUCAAAGAUUGCAUUGGAGCAAUCGAUGGCACUCAUAUAUCUGCCACACCACCUAAGAAAGACUUUAUUAGAUAUAUGGGAAGAUCUGGAAAGACCACUCAAAAUGUGAUGGGAGUUGUUGAUUUCGACAUGCGUUUCAUAUAUGCAUCGAUUGGUCAACCUGGUUCUAUGCAUGAUACUACAGUGUUAUACCAUGCAAUUGAAAAUGAUGCAGAUAUCUUCCCACAUCCUCCUUUAGGGAAGUAUUAUGUUGUCGACGCCGGUUACCCAAAUAGAGAUGGUUAUUUAGCUCCAUACAAAGGCCAGAGAUAUCAUGUUCCAGAAUGGAGGAACGGGGCUCCACCUAAUGGAGAGCAAGAGAGGUUCAACCACUUGCAUUCAAGUCUUCGUAAUGUUGUGGAGCGCACCUUUGGUGUAUGGAAGAUGAAAUGGAGAAUUCUUUUGAAGAUGCCGACAUAUCCACUAGAUAAACAAAUGAUGAUUAUAGCUGCUACAAUGUGUCUCCACAACUUCAUUCGUGAGAAUGAUGAAUUUGAUGAGGAAUUCCAAAGGUGUGAUCGAGAUCCUGAUUAUGUGCCUACAAUUCCUACCCGCUAUAGGAGACAUAUGCCUCAAAAUGCAUCAGACACAUCCACCACAGCAUCUAGUAGUAGAAACAUGAAUAUGUUUCGUGACGAUCUAGCUAAGGCAAUAUGGGAGGGAAGGUGAAUGGUCUCGUAUUGUAGUCAUGACUUGUGUAUUUUGGAGAGCUCUGCUUUGCAUUGUAUUUUGGAUUAUUGUAUCUCAAUGGUAUUUUGGAUGAUUCUAUUUUAAUUGUGUUUUGGAUGACUCUAAGUUCUUAA